AUGAAAGUGAACUAGCUACAAUGUAUAUACAAUUUUAAUAGCAAUUGCACAAAUGCUUCAGAAGAUGUCUUGACUAAAAAUGAAACUCUCAAGAGUUAGUUUGCUACAUGUACUAGCUAUACUUUACAUCACUUCAAGCACAGAUUCUCAAGACUGCACCUCUGGAGUUAGAUUUGUCGAUGAUUCAACUAAUGGUGACAGGAAAAUUGAGAUUUAUACGAAAAAGUGGUUGUUCGUUUGCGCUUUCAGUGGAUGUAAAAACACUGGUUCAGAUUGUGACCUUAUGGCAUGUACGAAUCAUACGAUUAAGAAUAACACUGAGUGCCUGGCAACAAGCACUUAUUCUGGAUCUCAGCUAACAACAUCAACCAAUGCAAGUGAACAGCCCACAAUUCAGUCUACGGACCUCUCCAGUGGACUUGGAGCAUUAAUAGCAGUGCAAUUUCUUGUGAUAAUUGGAAUGAUUACUGGAUGGGUUUGUACACGUGUACAAAUGAAAAGGAAGAAGGGAAAAUACACUAUCUCCAAUGCUAUGCAUAUCGAGAACCCUGCCUACAGGGAUAUCCACCACACGGAGCCUCAACCAACACCAAAUCUGGCUCAUUACAGCAGUCAGGACACUUCCUACGACAUUCAAAACGCUAGCUCGAAACACAGCGAAGAUGAACACCACACGUACGCUGUGAUACCUGCUGAUAGGUCCACUGCCGUAGGGAAACGGCCAGCUAGCUUGAUGGAUAACUCCAGGGAAUUAGUGUUACAUGAGGUCUCUGCUGCCCCCCCACCACCCAUUCCAAGGAGAUUUUCUGCUUGUGAUACCAGUAUACCCCAGAGAUUAAGCAUAGCCUUUUGCAGCACCAGACAAAGUUCCCUACAAGAUUCCCCCACUAGGUUAAGUGUUUUACAUAGCGAUUCUUUAAAUGAGCCCCAGGGAAACAUCUACCAAUUACCGGAUCGAGAGUAUGAAGAAAGUAGUGACGGUGAGCAUAUCUACCACAUUCUAGAGGACGGGGGUUUCAAUGACUCAAAUGAACAAACGCUGGGUCGAAUCUCAUGGUUUGGAUCUGAUGCUGGAGUGAUAUGUGCCGCUGAUGACGUUUCCUCAAUUUCCAGUGAGGAGGACUGGGAGGGAAGGACACCCACUACUUACGAGGUACCGAAAUCCUUGUUGGCAGUUCAAGAUGAAAUACGAUCAUUAUAAGUACACUACUAAAAUACACAAACUUGAAUGAAUAUUUACAUUAGUUCAAAUAUUGAAAGCUAACAAUUAUUGGAAAAUCGGCCCAUGCAUACAUACAGUACUUCAUGUACUAGAUCACAAACACAACUUGUAAACUUUGACCUUUUGGAUACGCCGCUUUGUACUAUUCAAUGACAGGAAAUGAAUGAUGUGACUGUGAUUUCAUUACACUUUUACAGACUUUAAUAUCUAUUGUAGAUCAUGUAGAUUUUCAUAAUUUUUGUAUUAUUAAUUAUUGUAAGUACACGCAGUGGAAUGUAUCUACAUGAUGUAGGCCUAUUAUUGCAAGUCAUGAUCAUUACGUCAACAAUCUUGACAUCUAUAUGUAAUAUAAUUAUUGACUGAAACCA